AUGGGUGACCUGGGUCCGCAACUUGCUCCGGUCGGAGAAAAGACCUUGCCGGCAAAAUGUAAAGCCAGCACGCUUGCGUAUUGUCCAUCGAUGGACCUGAUUGCUUUGGCGACUGAUGAUGACGAGUUGCGAGUGUAUCGUCUCAAUGGUCAGCGAGUGUUUGGGGGCUCGUUCAAGGGGGACCCAUAUCUGGGUGAAGAUGAGGCGGACGGGGAAGUCAGGGCGGUGGUGUGGAAGGGAAAUGGGCGUCUGCUUGCGGUCGCUUGCGGCGAUGGAUCAGUUCGGAUCCUCAGUGCGUAUAGCGGCAAAACGGUCCAUCAUUAUCACUCUCAGGAGCAAAAGGAUGAUGAGCCACCACUCUCGAAAGUGACCUGCCUGGGUUGGGGAAUCAAUUUUACAGAUAGCAAGGCUGCCCAGAAGCACCUUCAAAAUGCGGCAGGCCACAUCUCGGUUGACGAUCUCCUCUCCUCGGGGUUGAAUCCAUCCAAGGCGGCUGCCAUUCUCAAGGCGGACCUACCGAGGGAGUUGGCGCUGUUGGAUAUCGAGAGCUCUCUCCCGAAGCUGAGCGUUCUCCCUGCAACUGGUGCUGAGGAUGACUUAUUCAGCUCGCGCGCGUCCAUUGACGCCAUCUUCCACUCGUCUGCCAAGGACAGCAGUGACUCGGUCGAUGUUUUGUUUGUCGGCCUCGACAACGGCACUGUUCAUCUUCGCAUCUUUGACUGUUUCGAGAUUGGAUCAUUUCCCAUUGGAGAAUCCAAGAGCGCCACUCAAUCCUAUUCGAUCGUUCGUCAUGCAUCGCAUCCGCUGAGCUCAACGCAUGCCUUACUUGGGUCUUCUGGCGGGGUCGAGGGCCAGCCGGGAAAACCACUCAAGCUGGUUACGCUUGAUCUUCGAUUCAUUACAAAAUCCGGACGGUAUCUCUCACUACUUGCGUCGAAGACCACUCAGCUCCAGAAUUUGUUACGGUAUAUCGGCCAGGUGCAGAGGCAGAUCGAACUCGAGUGGAAGACGGCUCAAGAGCUCCCGGCUCGAUUCCUGCAGAGUGUGAAUCGCGACUUGCAGGAGCGAUGUCAAUGUGACUUCACUACUGCCGUUUAUCAUUUGGUUGUCACCGGUCACUGCUUUGAGCCGCUGAAAGAGUUUUUGGUGGAAGUUGUUGGUGAACGGGGCCACAAACGAUGGGACAAAGCAGUCUCGGGCGGUUAUGAGAAUAUACGACGGUUAACACACGAGUGUCUUUUGCCUGCCUUGGAAAGAAGCCAAGUCCUCUUGAGUCGACUUGUCGGGCUCUCCAAGUUCUCCAAGCUCAACGACGUCCUCGGGCUAGAUUCGUCAAAACUUACCGCCAUUGUCGAGACAGUCGACUGCCUAUAUCUUCUGGCACACCACGUCAUGAGCCAUGCCAACGAAGAGCUCAACCAGUUCACGGCUUUUUCACGCUGGCUUCGCCACGAGAUCUUAAUCUUAGGCAGUGAACCUCUCUCGCAAACCUGGGAUGAACUCCUUGAAAAGAGGGACCUGGCAGAUGUUCCUCCAACCGUCAAAUACAUCACAGGAGCUUUGCGACAAAGUGCUCUACGGAGCUUUAUUCGCCAACUGCCCAUGCUCGGGGUCCCACACGUGCCUACGCCUCAAACCGACAAAUGGCUUCCAGACGGGCAUGACCGUUCUUUCUAUGACGACUUUAAAGUUCUGCUGAGCCAGCAGAAGGAGGCACAGGCCAAUGGCGGGGAUGGCACUUCGGUAGAUGCGCCAAAGUUGAACGACUUGACAAGGCGACUGGGAGUUCAGUUUGAAAAGAUUUUCGCCGAGAUAGCUCUGACACAAAGGCGAGGAAUCUUGCAUCAUCAUCCCCUUGUAUUGCACCAGGACUCUGACCCAGGUGUCUUUGAUAUGAAGAUGUGUUAUGAGAAACAUGAACAGGGCCAGCCUUGUUCCAUCUAUAUCGCCGCGAGAUCGACCAGUAAUGAGUCACUGGUAUACUUAUAUCGCCUGGUUCUUGAUUCCGUCAAUGGAGUCAGCUCCACACGGAAGUCAUCCGUAGCUGCCAUGUCUUUCGACACAGGAAGCGUCCGGCAGGUGCAAUUUGUCGAGGAUGACACACUCAUGAUUCUUUAUGCCUCGGACACGACUUCAUAUCUUCUCAAUCUUCCCUUCCAGCCAAUUUCCACCAUGACAGCCUCCCAAACAGACGAGUUUCUGUUCGUGCCCCUGAACUACGUUGAUAAUGACCCGCAACCCACCGCAACCAAACCGAUCGUGACACCUACCGAGCUCAACAUUGCUUCUCUCUUGACAGAGACAAAAACAGUCAUCCACACCUUUGCUCCAUCAGGGCCGAAGUCAUCGCCCCUGCGCAUUGAUGUGAAUGGGCGACCAGGUCGAAGGGCAGUCUGUGUCUUGUAUGGCGAUGGGAUGCACUACGAUGUAUUGGAUCUGGAUGCAGCGAUGGACGAGGAAGAAUAUGAAGAAAAUGAAGAAACCUUGGAUCCAUUGGAGGAGGACCAAAGUCUUCAGUAA